CCACCAGUGCCGCUUGUAAGCGUGUUACAGGGCCGGGAGAAAAGGUGGGAGUGCAUGUGGGGGAGUGUGAACUAAAGUAAAUAAGAAGAGGGAGAAAGAGAUGACCUGGCACACGUUGCCGCUGAACUCUGUAAAUACCUGUCAUAGGUCUCUGCACCUCUACAGGACAAAACAGUCAUCUCAAGUAGUUAGAAAAAAUACAAAGAAAAGAUUCCUGAGGGGGCAAGAGUUGUAACAAGACAAUGGUUCAACAGAACACUUCCUCCCCCCCUGAGGCAGGCACUGUUAAUAACAUGAUAAUGAGUAGGAAAAGAAAAAGGAAGAGGCAUUUUCACCAGACAAAUGAUGCCGCCACAGGCCCAGCAACCUUGUCCUCCAGUGCAGUGCCCUCAGCUGUCAUCUCAGAGGCAGCAGUAAAGGAAGGUGAUGGCAAUAGCUCAUCUCAACCCAAGAAAAAGAGAAAGAGAAGGAAUAAGAAAAAGUCUGAGGAAGGCUCAAAGGAAGGAAUCAAGCCAGUUCUCAUUGUGAAGAAGCCUGAGGACUACUCGGCAAACUGGAAGAUGCUGAAAGAGAUCAUAACUAAAGAUGACAAGAAGCCUGGCAACAAAAAGCCCUUCAUCAGACGCAGAAAUAAAGAUAAUAAGACAGGAAGGAAACCCCAAGUGAACGCUUCUGAGGAGUGUCCUGACGACAAACAAGAUACCCAAGAGGAAGAGGAAGAAACGCUGGACAUCUGGUUUGAUAAUGUUGACCCGAUCCUUUUAGAGGAGACGCAAGUAAAGAAGGAGAAACAGGAAAAACAAACCGACAGCCUCAAGAGUAUUGUCAAACCUGCAGGCAACACACUCGUGGAGGAAGAGUCUCCUGAUGGCUCCACCAAAGUCGUGGCCAUGGACUGUGAGAUGGUUGGCGUUGGGAUGAACGGGAAGGACUCCAUCCUGGCGAGAGUGUCCCUUGUGAACCACUUUGGCAAGGUGUUGUACGACAAGUAUGUCAAGCCCACGGAGGAGGUGGUGGACUACCGCACGCCUGUCUCGGGGAUAAGGCCGGCAAACUUGGUGGAUGGCUGUGAGUUCUCGGUUGUCCAAAAAGAAGUUUCCGAGUUGCUUGAGGGACGCAUUCUUGUGGGCCACUCGUUGCGCAAUGAUCUCCGCUCGCUGUUCCUCAGCCACCCUCGCUCCCACAUCAGGGACACAUCUAAAUACAAAGUGUUUACACGUCAGUUUGGAGGAAGGACCCCCAGCCUGAAGAGACUGGCAGAACGAUUACUUGGUGUUCAGAUUCAGCAAGGCGAACACAGCUCUGUUCAAGAUGCUCAGGCAGCCAUGCGCCUGUACACCAUGCACAGGAAGGAGUGGGAAAAGUCUCGCCGUAAUAAGUACAAACUUAAUGCUAAGAGAUCAAACGCUGCCUCAGCUAAAAGAGAGCAGCAAGCGUCACAGGACGCUGAGGGUGAGGCAGUGUAAGUAUGAAUGUCAGUAAAGAAUGUAAUUUUUGUAUGGGUUAGAGGUGUGACGGUAGCCACUUGUUGUAGUGCAGUAGGGUGUGCCGUCAUUCUGCUGAGAGGCUGCUGUAAUCACAGAUUGAGUGGUGAAUGUAGUAGAGGGUUUCAGAGGUGUUAGUAAUCUAUGUAUAUAUUUCCUGUGUAUGUACUUGCUAGCAAGGUAAAGUUUCACCAAGAAAGUAGAAGUAAUCUGUCUCUCAGGAGGUCACUGUAUUCAGUAGGGCUGAGCAGGUACUGGCACCAGCACCCACUUAAUGGUACUGGUGCCAGCAUAAAGCAUCUCAGCACCAAUGCUGCUGAACACUGAGCCAGCAAGUGUAGAGGCAUCGCCAUGGGGCUGCUGCCUGCCAGGCGCUGUCUUAUUGUACCUAAUGUUCAUUCAAUAUUGUAAGUUCCAUUAUUUUAUUGUAUUUAUCAGAAUUAUUACUAAUAUUAUAAAUGUUAUUAUUGUUGAUAAGAUUAUUAUCAACAUUAUUGUUAUUAUUAUUAUCAUCAUCAGUGGUGUGCUUAGGAUGAACUGUUGAGCAGCAGCGGCAGCUCUGGAUUGUGAUCGGUGGUUCUCACUUGUUUGGUAGACGUCGUCUGUUGUGCAGAAUACACAUCACCCAUUUCUGUACAUUUUCUUGAUGAUGUAUUUGUAUAGUCAUGCACAUAUACUUGUGUUACUGUACUUUUUUUCUUCAUAUAUAUCAAAAUUAUCUUUAAAUUCUUUUUACUGUGGAGAAGUCUACAUAGGGUUUUCUUUUCUUCCAAGUUUGAGUUUAUACUUUUUGAUUGAAGUUACAGAAAUAAACAAAUGAGUUACUUAGUUUGUGGAAUCAAUAACAUUUGCUGGCCUGUGUUGAGGCUCCUUGGGUGGCACCAGAUAUUAGCAGCAGCCAAAAAGAGCAGGGACAAAGAAUAAACUGAUUCCACUUGUA